AUGGUUCCAACACCUUCACUAAUUUUACCACCUGCUUCACCUACCAUACCAAGUUCAUCUACUCCAUCUCUCUUACCUCGGCCAUCAACUUUACCAUCUCAAUCACCAGCUGCUCAAGUACCAAUUCUAGGUCCAUCUGCACAAUUAACUUCAUCAACAAUUACUAAGGAUACUCUAUCGACCCCAACUAAAGUCAUGGACCGGUUGAAUAUUUCAUAUACCUCAUCCAUAUUAGAUGAAGUUCGUGUUUGUACAAUCAAUCGAAAAACUGAAUCCUCCGAGGUAAUUAAACUUCGUCGACGACAUCGCAAAGAUUUAGACGAUAUAGACAUGGAAUUGAAAAUUUUAGAUGACGAAUUUAAAUUGGUACAAGUUCAUAUUAAGGGGACAGAUGAUGAAAUCAAACUGGCGGAACGUCAAAAGGAGCAAGUGAAAUAUCAACAGCAAUUAGCAGAAAUGGAUAUGGAAAUGGCCGAAGUUAAAAGAAGAAAUGCAGAAAUAGACAAAUAUACAUAUGAAAGAAAAGCUUUUGAAAUUAACCAAGAGAUUAAUCAAGCUCGAGCUUUUCGGAUUAGUACAAAUCAAAAAUGGCUUGACUUGAUUAAUGAAAGACUUCGACAAGAUUAA